GUGAUUUGGAAUCUGCAGGGCCAAAAUAAAGAAUGGAUAAAGAUGCGCGUGCUACCAACCUACCGUCAUGAUGUUCAUUGUCCGGCCAACCAGGAUUCCUCGAAGCAGCCACGCUGUUCCGACCACCAGGAGACCGACAGGACUGAGGGGACGCCGAGAGGCAGUCAAACAAGUGAAGAACGCCUUAUGUGCUUGGUCACCUCGUACAUGUCCACGGCGAUAAGGCCUCAUUUCGUCUGGCUCCUCGCCUGUCGGUCCAGAAAUGGGUAA